UGAUACCUUGAUUUGGACAUUUUCAUGGCCUCAGAACUGUGUCAGCGCAGACCAGAAGGUGUCGGCUUCACGGUUCCCGGCGUCAGCGGGAGGAGAUCGCCCGGAAGGUCGACUGCGCAAUGGCUCCCUGCCAGCGGGGCGGGGCUCAGGCUACGAGUUAUAAGAGAGGAGCACCAGUGUCCAGCAGCAGUGCUGAAGCUAGCACGCCAGGCGGGACCAGGAGACCAAGGGCGCUGAGCUUACCACGAGUUCCUGAGUGACUGAAGAAGCAGGAAAGGAGCGCUUCUUCCCGUCACUCCCGUCCCUGCCUUGGCAGAUGGGGCUCCUCGGGAAACUCCGCGCCUCGGCCCUGGGCAGUGCUGCUCCGGAGCCCGCCUACUCCAACGUGCUUACUCCGGGUCGCAUCCCUAAAUUUUGCAUCCCACCGCGGAUGCCCGCUCCCUGUACGCUGGAGUCAUCGCCCCUGGCGGACGCCUUGCCCCGGCGUUGCGCUAUCGAGUCGGAUCUGUGGCUCAGACCCGAGAACGCGGGCCGCACGGACUGGGAUCCCCGAUCGCAGGCUGCGCUCUCGUUGCCGCACCUGCCCCGUGCGCGCACCGCCUAUGGCUUCUGCGCACUGCUCGAGAGCCCGCACACCCGUCGCAAGGAGUCACUCUUCCUCGGGGACCCCGGCACCACUGCGCUCCUGCGGCCGCCUGCCGCCCGCCGCCCGGCGAGUGCUCACACCUACCGCCGCGGAAGCGACGUUCUCUGCGUGCCCCAGGGCUGCCCGCGAACCCCGGGCGGAGCUCCCGCCGUCACCCCCACAGCCACCGGUGGCCACUGUCCACCUCGGGAUGCGGUCAUCUCACGGCAACACGGCCCCCGCCUCUUACGCGCCCCCGACCAGCUGCUGGGCCGCGCGCUGUGGGCUGGGAGGAGUCGCGGUCUGGCCCGCUCCCGCUCUGUCUCCAGCGGGGACGAGGACGAAGAGCGCGGUUCCUGUUCGGGACAGCCGACCCCCUCUGAAUCCUUGCCGCCGUCACUCCCGGUCCCGCGGCCCGAGCGUCUGGAGGCCGAGGGCACCGUGGCUCUGGGGCGCGCCGGCGGCGCCCUGCGCCUGGCCGCCGAAUACUGCCCGGGCAGCGGGCGCCUCCGCAUUCGGCUGCUGUGCGCCGAGGGCCUGGCCAGAGGUGCCGAGGGACCCCGCGCGCUAGGCUGCCGCGUCAGCUUGGUCCUGCAGUCGUCCGGCAAGACGCGCAAGCAGCGCAGCACCGUGGUCCAACGGAGUCGCAACCCGAUGUUCGACCAGGACUUCUAUUUUGAUGGGCUCACGGAGGACGAGGUGCGCCGCAUGGCCGUGCGAGUCAAGGCCAAGCACAAGGGCCGGGGCCUGGAGCGGGACCGUGAACUGGGCCAGGGCGAGCUGCUGCUGGGCUCUCUCCUGCUCCUUUGAGGGGAUCCCCGGGCUCCUACAGCAACUUUGUACAAAAUAAAUGUUAUUUAUUCGCUUUUCUAUUCAGGGUCUUGUUUUAUUGACUCUUUACUUCUUAGCCUGCCUUUGUUAUCGUUUAUUAGUAGGUUAGGAAAAACUAAUGAAGCCCUCCUAU